UUAUAGAGGACCAUGUGGAGCAUUAGCAUCCACUAAAUCUUUGAUUUAUAUAGUAAAAGUCUCGGACUUUUUUCAGUACGCGUAAAGUUUAAAGUUUUGUUCUUUGCAACUCAAGAAAUCAAACCAAACACUAACCAAAAAGACCCAGUUGAUAUCAUGGCUUCUGUGCCAUUCUCUUUAAAUUUCUGUUCACCUUUAACCCAUUUAAAAAGUAAUCCCAAUUCUGUUUAUUUGUCUCCUUCCAUGGCUAUCUUUGUUCCAUCAAUUAAAUCUUCACUUGGGUCCUCUAAAUCUGGUUUUUUGCAACAUGGGUUCUCUAUGCAAUUGCCAAAUUCUUCUGGGUUUCUCUCAAAGAUUCGAUCUUUUGGCGUUUCUGCAAGAGCAGCUACUGAGAAAUCUAUUCAUGAUUACACUGUGAAAGAUAUUGAUGGAAAAGAUGUUUCUCUCAGCAAAUUCAAGGGAAAAGUUGUAUUGAUUGUCAAUGUUGCUUCAAAAUGUGGCUUGACUUCCUCAAAUUAUACAGAAUUGUCUCACAUAUAUGAGAAGUACAAGACUCAAGGAUUUGAAAUUCUAGCUUUCCCUUGUAAUCAAUUCGGAGGGCAAGAGCCUGGAUCAAAUCCUGAGAUUAAACAAUUUGCAUGUACCAGGUACAAAGCAGAAUUCCCAAUAUUCGAUAAGGUGGACGUGAAUGGACCAAAUACAGCUCCAGUUUAUCAAUUUCUCAAGUCAAGUGCUGGGGGAUUUCUUGGUGACCUUAUCAAGUGGAAUUUUGAGAAGUUCUUGGUGGACAAAAAUGGCAAAGUUGUUGAGCGAUAUCCACCGACGACGUCGCCUUUCCAAAUAGAGAAGGACAUUCAGAAGCUCAUAGCAGCAUAAAUGCAGCUGAGCUCUGUUGCUGCAUUGGUUGAAUAAGAAAGAAAAGAAUACGACUAAAUGUAAAUUUGUACAAGCAUCACAGCUACACUGAUAUCCCUGUACUAGGGUUCUUUUGUAUGUACUUUAAACCUUUUUUUUUGUUGAAUCUUUGGUAAGAGUCUAAGAGAUAAAUAUGAGAAAUUUUAAUUUUUGCGUAUUA